GUCCGGAGUCUGACAUCUGUUUCCGUUACACAGCGGAAACGUGGUUUGCCAGAGGACGACUCUUGGACGAAUUUGCACGCCGCUGUAUGCUCGGCCGGAAUCAUGUCGAGUUUGGCGGUGAGAGACCCAGCCAUGGAUCGAUCACUGCGUUCCGUGUUCGUGGGGAACAUUCCGUAUGAGGCGACGGAGGAGCAGCUAAAGGACAUUUUCUCGGAGGUUGGUUCAGUUGUUAGUUUCCGUCUCGUAUACGAUAGAGAGACCGGAAAGCCCAAGGGUUAUGGCUUCUGCGAGUACCAAGACCAGGAGACUGCGCUUAGUGCCAUGCGGAACCUCAAUGGGCGAGAAUUUAGUGGGAGAGCGCUCCGGGUGGACAAUGCUGCCAGUGAAAAGAACAAGGAGGAGUUAAAGAGCUUAGGCCCGGCAGCGCCCAUCAUUGACUCUCCCUACGGGGACCCUAUUGAUCCAGAAGAUGCUCCAGAGUCGAUUACCAGAGCCGUCGCCAGCCUGCCCCCGGAGCAGAUGUUUGAGCUGAUGAAGCAAAUGAAGUUGUGUGUUCAAAACAGUCACCAGGAAGCGCGAAACAUGCUCCUCCAGAACCCACAGUUGGCGUACGCUCUGCUGCAGGCACAAGUGGUGAUGAGAAUCAUGGAUCCGGAGAUUGCCCUGAAAAUCUUGCAUCGCAAGGUACAUGUCACGCCACUGAUCCCAGGCAAAUCUCAGCCUGUCCCUGGGCCUGUUCCUGGCCCUGUUCCUGGUGGGCCUGGCCCCGGCCCUGCCCCUGGGCUCUGCCCCGGGCCUAACGUUUUGCUCAACCAACAGAAUCCUCCAGCCCCUCAGCCUCAGCAUUUGCCCAGAAGACCUGUGAAGGACAUUCCUCCUCUGAUGCAGACGUCUAUCCAGGGGGGACUUCCAGCUCCAGGGCCAAUACCAGCUGCAGUUCCUGGACCUGGACCUGGUUCCUUAACUCCGGGAGGAGCAAUGCAGCCACAAGUUGGCAUGCCAGUGGUUGGUCCAGUGCCCUUAGAGCGAGGACAAAUGCAGAUGUCAGAUCCUAGACCUCCAAUACCUCGUGGACCCAUGCCUUCUGGUGGCAUACCUCCCCGAGGACUACUGGGAGAUGCUCCGAAUGACCCACGUGGAGGGACUUUGCUCUCUGUGACUGGAGAAGUAGAACCCAGAGGUUAUAUGGGCCCGCCUCAUCAGGGUCCCCCCAUGCACCACGGUCAUGACAGCCGUGGCCCAUCCUCGCAUGAUAUGAGGGGAGGACCAUUAGCACCAGAUCCCAGAAUGCUAAUCGGUGAGCCCAGAGGUCCCAUGAUUGAUCAAAGAGGUCUACCUAUGGAUGGCAGAGGAGGGAGAGAGUCUCGAGGGAUGGAGCCUCGGCCCAUGGAACCUGACGUCUUGGAGCCACGAGGAAUGGAGAGAAGAAUGGAAGCCUGUGCGGUGGAAACCAGAGGGAUGGAUGCAAGAGGACUAGAGAUGAGGGGCCCUGGCCCCAGCUCCAGAGCUCCAAUGACUGGUGGAAUCCAAGGCCCUGGCCCCAUUACUAUGGGGGCAGGUGGCCCUCAGGGACCUAGACAGGUUCCAAACAUUGCAGGAGUGGGGAAUCCUGGAGGUGGCAUGCAGGGGGCAGGUAUACAAGGGGCAGGUAUGCAAGGUGGAGGGAUGCAGGGGGCAGGUAUACAAGGAGCAGGGAUGCAAGGAGCAGGGAUGCAGGGGGGAGGUAUGCAAGGAGCAGGGAUGCAGGGGGCAGGGAUGCAAGGAGGAGGGAUGCAGGGGGCAGGGAUGCAGGGAGCUGGCAUGCAAGGAGCAAGUAAGCAAGGUGGAGGCCAGCCUAGCAGUUUUAGUCCUGGGCAGAGCCAGGUAACUCCACAGGAUCAAGAAAAAGCAGCUUUGAUCAUGCAGGUUCUUCAGCUGACUGCAGACCAGAUUGCCAUGCUGCCUCCUGAGCAAAGGCAGAGCAUCCUGAUCUUAAAGGAACAGAUACAGAAAUCCACUGGUGCUUCUUGAAAGGUUUUCAGUGAGGAAGUACUUAGUUUCUCCUGAGUUUAUUCUGGCAUGAAGUGGGUGCAGA